CAUUUCAAGCCUGAAACCACAGGAAAGAUGGUGGACAUUGAUUUGAACGUAGACAGCCUUAUUCAAAGACUCCUCGAAGUUAGGGGAUGUCGCCCAGGAAAGUCCGUGCAGAUGACUGAAGCCGAGGUGCGAGGACUGUGCCUCAAAUCUCGUGAGAUAUUUCUCCAACAGCCAAUACUUCUUGAACUAGAAGCACCGUUGAAAAUUUGUGGUGAUAUUCACGGUCAGUACACUGACUUACUACGCUUGUUUGAGUAUGGUGGGUUUCCACCUGAAGCAAAUUAUUUGUUUCUUGGAGAUUAUGUAGACAGAGGCAAGCAGUCUCUUGAGACAAUUUGUCUGUUGCUUGCCUACAAGAUAAAAUAUCCUGAGAACUUCUUCCUACUCCGAGGAAAUCAUGAAUGUGCCAGUAUUAACAGGAUAUAUGGCUUCUAUGAUGAAUGUAAGCGCCGCUAUAACAUCAAAUUGUGGAAAACGUUCACUGACUGCUUCAACUGUUUGCCAAUUGCGGCCAUUAUUGAUGAAAAGAUUUUCUGUUGCCAUGGAGGACUGAGUCCAGAUCUGCAGGGCAUGGAACAAAUCCGACGCAUCAUGCGACCCACUGACGUCCCAGACACAGGAUUGCUAUGUGACUUAUUGUGGUCAGAUCCUGAUAAGGAUGUCCAGGGUUGGGGUGAGAAUGACCGUGGAGUGUCAUUCACAUUUGGUGCAGAUGUAGUUAGCAAGUUCCUCAAUCGACACGAUCUUGACCUCAUCUGUCGGGCACACCAGGUUGUGGAAGAUGGAUAUGAGUUCUUUGCAAAACGCCAGUUAGUAACACUCUUCUCAGCACCUAAUUAUUGCGGAGAGUUUGACAAUGCAGGUGGCAUGAUGUCGGUGGAUGAGACACUUAUGUGUUCAUUUCAGAUCUUGAAACCAUCAGAGAAGAAAGCCAAAUAUCAUUACAGUGGUGUGAACUCUGGACGACCUUCCACUCCACAGCGAAAUCCAACCAAGAAGAAAUAGCUUGUAUCUCCUACAGGUAUAUCAGAUUAUUCUUUCAGAAGACAAGACCACCAUUACAUCUAUUUUCUAUUUACAGUAAUUGUAAUCUGUGAUGACGAUAUUUUGCUAUGAAGAGUGACAAAAAUCGCCCUGGCACUGAUGUGUAGAGUAAUGAUAUAGGCACUUCUUGUACAGAUCUCUGCACCUUCAUUCCCAUUGUCCUUUCACUUCCAUAAGUGCCAUGCCUUCCCUAUUGUUCUUAUUUGUUAAUUAUUAGUGGUCCAAUGAAGUCCUAAUGCAUUGCACCAAGCAAGCAUUCAUUGUAAUGUUACUUCUUAAGCUUCUGUUACACAUAUGAUGAAGGUGAUUUGCAAAACCACCAUGAGGCUAUUUCAUUAGUGUUAGUUUCUUUAUGCGAAGGAGGGAUGUCAUUAGUAGUGCUCCUCUUGUGUCUGCUUCAUUUUCAGUUAUUGACAGAAUAAUUAUUUGAUUUAAAUGAGUACCAUGUAUGUCAGUUUUAAUUAUAGGAUUAUGUUCUUAAAUGCAUACUUGGUUCUUGUUGUGAAGUUGGAUUUCUGAGUACUGAUAGUGGGACAAAAUUAACUAAAACAUAAAAUGUGCUAUACACCUGUAAUGUAUGAGUGUGAAAUGAUGAGUAUUUCUUUUCUACAAAUCAUGUUUUGAAAUGAGUCAUUUCAAGGGUGAACAUUGCAUUUUAUUUCAAGAAUGGAAUCAAAAACAUGUGUGUCUGUACAAUUAAAAAAGCUUCAGUUAAUUCUUACAUAAAGGGUGUAACUGAUUUUGAAGAUAGAUUAUGUAAGAGUUAAGAGUGAGAAAGGACAAAGUUUUUUUAGAGGAUUGAUAGAUGGGGGUACUGGUGAAAAACAAUGGCAUGUAGUUUCACCAUGGCCUUUAUUAUGUGUCAUGUGUAAAUUAUAUCUUCUUUCUGUUAUUGUUCCUGUCACUCUUGUGUUUCUUUCUCAAGUAAUACUGCUUAUAUUCCUUAUACGUGCAUUGUCAAUAUAAUGUAAGUAUAGUGGCGACAUAUUUGUUUAAUUUGAUUUCCCUGUAGACAUGGCUAUAGCUGAGAGAGUUAUCAGUCAGUACUCUCGCUUAACUUGACACAGUUAUAUCAUUUAUACCAGUUCUUAUUCAGUGAGCCCAAAAUAUAAAUCUUCCAAGAUUUAUAUUCCUUCUCUUCCAAGAUCAUUGAAAUGACUUUGUGGAACAUGAAGCUAUUUAUUCUGUAUUAAUAAAUGAUAAAGCACUCAUUUAUUUAACUCAGUUUAAUAUAAUUGUGAAAUUUUAGUGUAUUGUAGCAGAAUUCAUAGAUGUUUUCUACCAUGUUUAAGUGAAUGCAAAACAUACCAUCCACCAUAAUUCCCCCAGCAAGAAUUCUAUUACAAAAUAACUGUUGGUCUUUUAGAAGAAACUUUAUGCAAUUUCCUUAGAUAAAACUUCAGUAAUUACAAUACAUGUUUCAUUUUAUAUGACAGAGAAGCACAUUCAAUCUUGUAAUAUCAGUAUAUUUUCCAUAAUAUAGUAUAUUAUAAUUGUUACAGGGGAACAGGUAAAACAUGAACAGAUCCCAUAUACAGACAGUUCAGACUUACAGUUAGGCCAGUUUCCUAGUGCUGACAGAGGAGUAUGCAUUAUCCUGUUAUAUGUAAGCAUACAUUUGGCCAUCUGAUAUUGUUACCGAAGUCAGAAAAUAUUACAAUGGAAUGUACAGCCAGUUCAGAUGAAACAGUAGGGUCCAGAAGGCAAGGGACACUUUGACAUUUGGAAGUCUGAGAAGGAGAUGGCAGGAUAACAUAAAAAUGGUCUUAAGAGAAACAGAUUGCAUGCUGUGAAAGGAUGGAACCAGCUCAUGAUUGCAUUUACUUUGUAGGCUUUGAUGUUAGUAGCAUUGAAUGUUUGGGUUCUGUUAUGAGAGAGUAUAGAUGAGGUAAAAAUUCUCUGAGCUUCAGUGACUAUUACAAAUACAAAUGUGGGUUAGUUUGUUGGCCAAGAAAUGGGGAGGAAGUGGAAGACUGAGGGAUAGUGAAUGCGGAAAGAACCCAGUUAUUUGUUCCCCCCUUCCCUGGCCAAUCCAUCCUUCAUCUUUGCUUUCCUUCUCUAUGUGAUGCAGUUCAUGCUUGGAAAUGCUUUGUGUCAAGUGUAGUCCUACAGUUUUAUUACUGUUAUUUGGACCAGUUGUGGACAUUCUGUGCCAUCAGAGAUACACAGUCCGUAAGGUGAUGGAUUGAAAGGGUAUUAAGAAUAUGCUAUGUAGUGCUAACAGAAUUAAAUUUUAUUUUAUGCUAUGCAAAGGGAUAAUUACCAUUCCAUCAGUUAAAAAGAAUGGUCACUGUUUAGUCUGUUUCAGCAGAAUGUUAUGUAGGAAGUCAGAUACCAAGCAUCAUUAUAGUAGUUAGCACAAGUGCUUCAGUGACCAGGCACUGUGACUGAGGUUUUUGUAAUUUUCCUCACCUCCUCAAGACAAAUGCAGGAACAGUACAUUAAAAGAGGCCAUAGUCACUUCCUACCAUGUCCUUCCUAGCUCAUCAUUUACAAUUAUUAUGUAAUUCAACACUGUAUAAGUAGUUUGGUUUAUAAAUCAUAAUUUCGUAUGUUUUUUUACAGUAUAUAUGUAAACUGAAUGUAUUUAUAAGUUAGUGGUAUCUGUCAUGCAUGCUAACAUUGAAUAAGAUUUGACUACAAGGAAACAAAAGUGAAACACUCUAGUCUUCAGAGACGGAAAAGAGAUGUGAUAUGAAUGACAGGAAAUGUUUAAGUGCAAAAUUUUACAUGCUUAACCAACAGUAUUCAUCUUCUAAAAAUAAGAUGACUGUUUUUGUAAUUAAUAAUUACAUUCUUUGUAGAUAUAAUCAUCUACAGUAAUUUAUUAAAAAGUGUGAAAUUAAUUUUUAUUAUAUUAAUUUAUUAUUAAUAACCAAUAUUUUAACAAAAUUAUGUAAGUAGAUUUUAAAGGUUUCUGUCAAUGGUGUAUAACACUCAAGAAUUACUGGAUUUUUGGACUUUGUCCAUCAUCCUCUAUUAAAAAAUGAAGUCAUUAACAGCAAAAUAAAGCAGAUGUUGGCAUGAUAGUGUCUAUCUUGUUUACUUUCUGAAUUUAUUUUUGUCUAGACUGCCUCAAAUCAUAUCCUUUUAGCGAACUAUACACAACAGGAUGCAUGCAAUAAAGAUCAGUUUUAAAACUACUGGACAAUGGACAAAGUCCAAAAACCCAGUAAUUCUGAUCAUACCAUAAUUACUAAAAUGUUGAUUUAGAAUGAAAUUUAGAUUACAAGAAUACUCUGCUGCACUCAUUUAUGCCUCUCCACAGAAAAGAUUACUCCCAUGGACUAUGUAAGAUUGAUUUCCAUGUCUCUGUUGUGAGUGCAUGUUUCAGUACAUAUUACUGGAUUUCAGUGGAUAAUUGUGUGACCCCCCCCCCUCCAAAUAUCUUUUGGAGAUUGUAUUGAGUUAUAGAAAAACAGAAGGCUUAAAGUAGAUUACGAGUAGAUAAAAUUCAGCUGAACAAAUUUUUGCAAAUGUGCCUUCCAUUUGUAUGCAUAAAUAAUUGAUUUGAAUAUAUUAAACCUGUUUUUAAAUUAAAAAGUUUGAGAGAGCAAGUUCUCAUGAUGUGAAAGCACAUUUUGUUUGUGCAUAUUUGGUUUGUAAUGCCAACAAACCCAAGUUAUAAGAACGAAUAAUAAGUAUUGUAAUUAAUGAUAAAAUAUAUGCAAAAAUGAAACUGGUAGUUUUCACAAUAAGAAAUGCACAUUACAUUUAAAUCACAGUCAAAAUAAGUUACAUUUGUGUAGCAUUUCUUUGUCUUCUUAUUCUUCUUUAUUUUAUUUUUAUGUUGUAAUGCUGUCUCAACUGUAGGACUUCAUAAUGUCUGCUGAAUUAGGGGGUUCUCAAAGGAAGCAGACACGACCUAUUUAAGUUAAUGAUGGUAUUUGCUGGAGAGCAUGACUGAAAAUUACAGAAACCUCACUGCUGAGAUUUGAACCAGGUAUCUUUUGUACAUGUCAGAUGCAUUACCAUGAAAGAAUUCUACUUGGGUAUGGUAAAAUUAAUGCUGAUACUUGAUAUGUAUUAUUUUAAUUGUUCUUCGGAACUGAACAUGUUCAGCUAAAAUGAAACUCUGAAAUCUUAGUACCUCCAAAUUGUCAUGCAAGUCUACAAAGUUGUCAUCGGUUUCAUGAGAAGGUGAAGUUAUGUAUAGUGGGAUGAGUUUCUUCAUUCAAAACAAGCUCAUUAAAAUAGCACCAGAUGUUACAUUAGGUUUAAUUUAAUGAGCUUUCAUACUGUGGAUAUGACAGCUAAUAGGCAGUGAUGGUUCUGCAGAGAUAAGUGCAUACUGUGUCAGGUAUGUAACAUAUUUUGAAAAAAUACAACUUUUUUAAUAUCUUCCAGGCCCAUGUGUAUGAUGCACAAAUAACGUACAUGCUUUUUGCUUCAUGUGAAAAUGAGUUUAGUAGGUAUUUGAACUCUGCAAAUUAUCAGAAUAGGACAGUACAUAUUUUUCAGCUAUAAUAAUUCUCGUAUGUUUGCAUGGUGCUUGCUGUGCAAUGCUUAUAGUUGUAAAUAAAAUGGGACCACAUACAUGCCACUCAGAUUCUAAAUAUAUUCACAGUAAAUGAUCUGACACCUCCUGGUAAUCAUUCUGAAUUCACAUGCUGUACAUAAAUUUGUAUUCUUUUCUCUUUAGUACUUCUCAUAUGCACCUGUACUGUCAGCACAUUCUAAUAACUGUCAGCCUUUAAUUGGUGGGGAUUUAGUAAUUACUGAAUUUUGUGUGACUUUUAGUGUUAAUAGAUCAUCAUUAAAUGAGCAAAGAAUAAAUUAGUUUAUGUAUUUUUGGAUACUGGAGAAGAGGUAAUUAAUGUUCAUGAAGGUGAUAUAAGGUAGAUUUUUGUUAUAUUUGUUGAAAGAGCUAUGCAGCAUAUACAGUUUCAUUUUCACCUCCCAUAUGACAAAGGAUAAGCUUGAUAUAUAAAAGAUUAUUAACACCGUUGAGUGUGAUUGAUAAAUGUAGUGUUUUUUUUAAUCUUUCAUCCUUUACAUGUUUCGGUCAGAGCGACAAUCUUCAGAAGGAGAUCAGUACAUAUGGAAACUACUAUUACAGCGUCAUAGGUCAUUAUCAGUACAUAGAGAAACUACUAUUAAUAUGUGCAUGAAUUUGUUAAAACAUUUCUAAAUUAUUAUAAUUAGUCUAUUUACAAAGUACUGUUUAAAAAACUUUUUGUUAAAAUCUAGAACCAAUUUGGUUCGUGUCUUUAUACUUCUCUUUAAAGGGAGAUGAAUGUAUGCCACAUUGUGGCUCUGUUGUUUGAAGAAUAGGACUCUUUAGUGUCAUCCAGUUGUUUAGGUCACAUUGUGUUGGUAAUUGAUAAUGUCCUGAAGAUGGUUGCUCCAACCAAAAGUGUAAAGGAUGAAAGAUUAAAAAAAAAAAUUAUCAGUCACACUGAACGAUGUUAAUAUUCUUUCAUACUAUUACUA